CAGACUAGAGAUGGACGUUCUUGUAAAAAUAUUCAAAGCCCGUUUGUUUGCUCUGACUGUUAUUACAGCCUUUACACUCUCUGAAGUAGCUGUUGCAGAUCGCACUCAACUUUUAGAAAGGUUGAAAGACAAGACGUGGCCUUGGUUUGGUGACUGUUAUAAAAAUCUGUGCCCUGAUUUUAAAGUUAAUCCGACUUUCUGUUUGAAUUUAAGACCAGAGCCCGAGUCCAUCUUACAGAGAGCGGGACUACCAGACAGCUUAGAUCUAACGACUGAUUUAGAAGUGAUUUUUUCAAGCCCUAAAGAAGCUGUUGAUGUGUGUGGGAAAGCCCAAAUGAUGGAUGAAGUCAAGGCUUUCAAAUUGCCGGACAAUGGACAUCCAGUCCAGUCUUUGUUAGAGCGCGGAGCAGAAAUCUAUCGCAGUCGGCCAAAAGUAAACUGGAGUCCAAAAGAAAACGGCACCUACUCGCUAAUUAUUUAUGAUGUCGGUCAUUUAGUGGUUAAAGGAAUUUGGUAUGAUAUUCAGUACACCAACGGACAUUUUGAAGGAUGGACUGACGUCUUCUACCGGCCACCGGCCAAUACACUGCCCGUGGUUAACCCAACACUUAUAAUACUGCUGAAGCAAACAAAACUAAUCGGUCCUUUUAAGACGAUAGGCGUGGGUAUCUGCAUAUCAUCAAAAGUGGGUGAAAUGUGCAGGGAACAGUUUAAAAGUCUCAUUGGAGAUGGUAAAGGUGUAGUUGGACUGCAAGUGUUUUAUACCGAUGGCUCUUCUAUGUUUGAAAAGUAUAAUGUGUGUAUUGACGGCUACAUCUGUGACACGCAGUGUAUCGGCAAGUUUCGGGAAUACGCUGCACAUAAAUUGUCAAACAUUCAGUUCAUGGAUCUGGAUGCAAAUACUAUAGACACGUACGUCAAUGUGCGCUUUGAAAAUAACAUUGCUGGCAUGCUGGGCAUAUCAUGCUGUUCAAGGUCGAUGCAUUAUGCAACAUAUGGAUUCGUUCGCGCAAGACCUGGUGAUGAUUUCAAAGUCAGCUCCUAUGAUAGACUGUGCGGGGACGUUGAGUGUCACAGUUCGAUGAGCACUGAAAUGUCUAGUACUGAACGAAAUAUAUUAGGUGACUCGGAUUACUGUACCUUCUAUGUGUUUGUGCCCCACAUCAAAGAUGGCGUGCUUGAAGUUAAAUUUACAUACUGGAUGAAAAACAGCAAAAUUAACUCUUGGUCUCCAGAAAUGGAAUCUAAAGCUCAGCUAUAUUGUUCAAAAGAAAAAGGCACCAGACAUAUGUACAUGUUGCUUUUCACCCACCAAAAUGUGUAUCGCGAUACCCCAACAGUAAGUGCGGACAACAAGAUUGUCUUUCCUGGAGACUUUAAACUGCGUGGAAUGUCAUGGAUACUUUUUGAUCACGAUUAUUAUACUUUUACUGAUUAUGAUUGUAAUGAUCAUACCCGAACCUGCCCUCCGAAUAUGUCAGAGCAAUCAACGGAUCCAAGCAGAAGGAUUAUAACCUUCAAUGAAACCAUGUAUGACACACCAGCUGAAAGCUCUACAAAGCAAGUGAUUUCUUGUCUCCAGAAGAAACCUCCGACACCACCACCACCGAACAAGUCUGUCAGAGCCCAAAAAGAAGUGAAUGUUGUGAUUUUUGUUUUGUUCAUCGUAACUGUUAUUUUAAAAAUUUAAACAUUUUUAAAAAGUGUAUACAAUUUUGUAUUUAGUCAAAUGUUUACAGCUUGCUAGUUGAGUGAUCUCUAAUUUGACUCAGGAUUUUAUGGUUUUAAAAAAGAGUAACGUCAUUAUCUUGUUUGAUUUUUUUUUACUGUUGAGCAAAGAGUAUGCUAUUAAGUAUUGUAUUUCUUUCGUUUUGGC